UGUCAUGUGAAAGGCCACAAGCUCCAUUCAGAUUCGGAGCGCUAACGAACAGUAAUAACAGACCGAGGGGGGAGAAUGAGCAAUGGUGGGAGAACAAGCUACUGACAGUCUUUCUAUCGCCUUCUAGCCGCCGCUUCUCUUCUCGCGGAGCGUUUGGUUUUGAUAUAAAUUCAUGAUCGUUUUGCAUUUGAAGUCGCCACCAUGCGAGCUCAAAUUGAAGUGAUACCUUGCAAGAUCUGUGGUGAUAAGUCCUCAGGGAUCCACUAUGGAGUCAUCACUUGUGAAGGUUGUAAGGGCUUCUUUAGGAGGAGUCAACAAAACAAUGCCUCUUACUCCUGUCCUCGACAGAGAAACUGCUUAAUUGAUCGGACUAAUAGGAAUCGAUGUCAGCAUUGUCGACUGCAGAAGUGUCUUGCCCUUGGAAUGUCUCGUGAUGCUGUGAAGUUUGGGAGAAUGUCCAAGAAGCAGCGUGACAGUUUGUACGCCGAGGUCCAGAAGCACCAACAAAGGCUGCAAGAGCAGCGGCAGCAGCAGAGCGGCGAGGCAGAAGCUCUUGCCCGCGUCUACACCAACAGCAUCAGCAAUGGCUUGACAGACCUGAACAACGAGAUUGGUGGCACUUACGCAAACGGACAUGUAAUCGAUCUGCCAAAAGUACAGUCUGAGGGAGCUAAUGGAUAUUACAGUGUAGAUUCUGCGCAACCAUCGCCGGAUCAGUCUGGAAUAGACAUGGCUGGAAUCAAGCAAAUAAAACAAGAGCCUAUUUAUGAACUCACACCUGUACCAAACUUGUUUACGUAUAGCUCUUUUACAAAUGGUCAACUGGCUCCUGGAGUAACUAUGACCGAAAUAGAUCGUAUCGCACAGAAUAUUAUUAAGUCCCACUUGGAAACGUGUCAAUAUACGGUGGAGGAACUUCAGCAGUUGGCAUGGCAGACGCAUACAUAUGAAGAAAUUAAAGUUUACCAAAACAAGGUGAGGGAAGUCAUAUGGCAGCAGUGUGCAAUUCAGGUCACGCAUGCAAUUCAGUACGUAGUCGAGUUUGCCAAACGCAUAACAGGGUUUAUGGACUUGUGUCAGAAUGAUCAAAUUCUCCUUCUCAAAUCAGGGUGUUUGGAGGUGGUGUUGGUCAGAAUGUGCCGUGCCUUUAACCCACUCAACAACACAGUGCUUUUUGAGGGAAAAUAUGGAGGCAUGCAAAUAUUCAAAGCUCUUGGAUGUGAUGAUCUAGUGAGCGCUGUCUUUGACUUUGCUAAAAGUUUAUGUUCCCUUCAGCUGACUGAGGAAGAAAUAGCUCUUUUCUCGGCUGCUGUGCUGAUAUCACCCGAUCGACCAUGGUUGAUGGAACCUAGGAAAGUUCAAAAGCUACAGGAAAAGGUUUAUUUUGCACUACAGCAUGUGAUUCAGAAAAAUCACCUGGAUGAUGACACAUUAGCAAAGCUGAUCUCCAGAUUACCAACUUUAACUGCACUUUGCAACCUGCACACCGACAAGCUCCAAGCAUUCAAGCUGUUGCACCCAGAGACAGCAAACAGCCUGUUCCCUCCUCUCUACAAGGAGCUUUUUAACCCAGACUCUUCGGCCAUCCCCAAGUGACGGUAAUGGCUGACAUGUGCUACUGUACUUGGAACAAAGGUCUCGUCAUACAAAGGCACACAAUGUGUACAUUUGAGACUUCUAAAUGAAAAAAAAAUCACUACUGCAACACUAGGAAUGUCCUGCACUUAAAUAGAUUCUUUUUCACCGCUACCGAUUAAAGAAUGUAAAUACUGCACCUGACCUGGAGCUUUGUGGAGCCAGUCAGAAAAUGUACAAAAGUUAAGUCAUUCUUCUUUUUAUCUGUUUUGGGGGUCAGUUUUAACAAUCAGAUGCUGGUUAAUGCUGUUUUAUAACUAGAACCGUGAUUUCACAGUAUUAUUCCUUCUAUUUGUGAUUUGGACAUAAUUUAAGAAACUUAGCCUGCUAGGCUUAACUGUUUCCAUGUAAAUUUUCUUUCUAUCAUAUUUUUUGUUGGGUCUUGUAAUUUAAUUUUUGAUGUUUUUGAGAAUUUGACAUUUCCAAUAUGUGUAUGAAAAUAUAUUUUGGGAAAAGAUGUGGGAGAGAAAGGAUAUAAACAAAAGCCUUGUCUGGUUUGUUGAGAAAUUGAGUGUGGAUUCUGGUAUAUUAUAUGUAAAGAGGGUUUUAAGGAUUUGUUGCCUGUAAAUGUAAAUUCUAGAUAAAAAAAAGCACUAGUUUUCCACAUUAAACUAUAUUUUUAUGUAAAAAGUUGCACAGAAUGACAAAAAAAACACAAAACAAAAAAGAUAGUAUUUGGCCUUUUAGCCACAGUGAUGUCCACCAAAACAUUGUGAUGGAAGCUUUAAUGGUCUUUGUAAGUGAGAGUGUAUAUCCCAGUGUAUUUCAAAUAGGAACUGGUAACGAAAUUAUUCUGAUCUACAAGGAAAGGCUUUUAGGAUGUAUUUUUAUCAUUCCAUGGCAAAUUGUC